CGCUCUUUGUACACUCCGCCCUCUCUCCCAUCCCUCUCUCUCAGCUCUCGACAGAUCUCUCUCUUUGUCAAUCUCGUGAUUAACGAAACAAUGGCGACUCAGUUCAGUGCUUCUGUCUCCAUGCAAACUACUUGUCUGGCAACGACGAGGAUCAGUUUCGAAAAGCCUGCUUUGAUUUCCAACAGUGGAAGGACCAAUCUCUCCUUCAACCUGCGCCGUUCAAUCCCCACUCGCCGCCUUUCAGUUUCUUGCGCGGCAAAGCAAGAGACCGUAGACAAAGUGUCUGAGAUAGUUAAGAAGCAACUAUCACUUGCUAACGAUCAAAAAGUUACUGCGGCAACCAAAUUUGCUGAGCUCGGAGCAGAUUCUCUCGACACGGUCGAGAUAGUGAUGGGUCUCGAAGAAGAGUUCAACAUCCAAAUGGCGGAAGAGAAAGCACAGAAAAUUACAACAGUGGAGCAAGCUGCUGAGCUCAUUGAAGAACUCAUGCAGGAGAAGAAGUAAUUUAGUAUUUUCAUAGUUGCCCCUACAUAACAAGGAAGAAGGAAACGACAGAAAAAAAAAAAAGGGCUUUGGGUUUGUUUUCAUUAUGUUUGAUCUUUCUGUCAUUUUUAUUUAAUGUGUCAAUUGAGUCUGUCUUUGUCCUAAUGGUUUAGUAUCUGUUGUAUCCACGGAUGUCACCUGAAACGUUAGGUGCCUUAACGAAUAUCAUUUACAAUAACUGUUUAUUUC